AAUCACUUUUAGUAACAAUUAACAUUAAAAAAUAACAUAACGACUAUUUUUUGGAUGAAAAUAUUAAUUUAAAAAUAUUUAAUAAUGCUUAAUUACUAGACUUUAAAGCAAAAACGACGUUUUUUUGACGAAAACUCUCAUUUGAUAAACAAAUAACCACACAGGUGUGUUUCAUAUGAGUUUGAAUUCAGUAUUUCCAUGUUUUAAAAUCAAAAUAAUUAAAUUUUCGAAUAAUGACAUUUAUCAGAGCUAGGUGGCUACUAGGCCUAAGAACCACACUCUUGGCUCCAAGUCCAACCAAUCAUUUUAAAAACUUCUCCAAAGUUAUUGGUUCUACUAAAGUUAGGUGCCUUAGCUCUGCCCAAAUUUCAUUUUAUGACACAAUUGACAAAGAAUUGGAAGCAAUAAGAAAUGCUGGGACGUGGAAAAGUGAAAGAAUUAUUACAACUCAGCAGUCAUCGACUAUAGGUGUCAUUAAUAGGAAGGAAAAAGUUCUGAAUUUUUGUGCUAAUAACUACUUGGGACUUUCAAAUCACCCAAAAGUAAUUGAGGCAGCUAAAUUAUCUUUGGACAACCGCGGGAAUGGUUUAAGUUCCGUGAGAUUUAUUUGUGGUACCCAGGACAUACACAAAGAACUUGAAAAAAAAAUUGCGAAAUUUCACAACCGCGAUGACGCCAUUUUGUUUAGUAGCUGCUUUGAUGCGAAUGCUGCCAUUUUCGAAGCCAUCUUGAAUUCCGAAGACGCUGUUAUCUCCGAUGAAUUAAACCACGCCUCAAUUAUAGACGGAAUUAGGCUCUGCAAGGCCCAGAAGUUCAGAUAUCAACAUAGGAAUAUGAUUGAUUUGGAAGAAAAAUUGAAAUCAGCUCAGACCAACCGACUUCGAUUAAUCGUGACAGAUGGCGUAUUCAGUAUGGAUGGCAAUGUUGCCCCGCUCAAGGAAAUAAGUGCAUUGGCCGACAAGUACGAUGCCUUGUUGUUCAUUGAUGAAAGCCAUUCUACUGGAUUUUUCGGCAAAACAGGAAGGGGUACGGAAGAGUACCACGGGUUGAAUGGCAGGGCGGAUAUCAUCAACUCAACGUUGGGCAAAGCUCUGGGCGGUGCAGCGGGUGGUUACACCACAGGCAAUCAGAAACUGAUUGACCUACUGAGGAAUAAAGCCCGUCCAUACCUAUUUUCCAAUUCUUUGCCGCCGGCAGUUGUUGCUGCUGCGUCUAUGUCGUUUGACCUAAUUAUGGCAUCAUCUGACCUAAUUAAAAAACUUUCAGCCAACACUUAUCUAUUUAGGACGAGAAUGCUGAAAGCUGGCUUCAAUGUACUGGGGGACAAGGACCACCCCAUAUGCCCCGUCAUGUUAGGAGAUGCCAAACUGGCCGCCUUAUUUGCUGAAAAGAUGUUAGAUAAAAACAUAUUCGUUAUCGGUUUCAGUUUCCCCGUGGUCCCGAAAGGUAAAGCUAGAAUUAGAGUACAACUCUCGUCAUCGCAUUCGUUGGACGAUGUUAAUAAAGCUGUCGACGCCUUCGUUGACAUAGGGAGAGAUCUCAAAUUAAUUAAUUAAUUAUUCAAUUUUAAUUAAUUAUCAAUAUUGUUAUUAUUGUUGUUGUUGUUAUUAGCAUUAUUAUUACUAUCGGUGAUGUUGUUUCUUUUUUGUUAACGAGAAAUUAUUUCAUAUUUUCCAGUUGCAAACAUGAUCUGAAAAUGAAACAAUUUGUGUGUGUAUUUGUGUUUGUUGUUCGUUUGUAUGUGUGUGUGUUUGUAUGUUUGUUGUUCGCUUGUAUGUACGUAUGUUUGUUUGCAUGUAUGUGUGCGUAUGUAGAAAGUUUAUUGUGAUAUUAGAUUUUUAAAUUGAGCUAAGAGCUAUGUUUUAUUUUUGGAGACAAAAUGACAUGUAUAAUUUAUUUCAUUUUACAUUCUUUCGGGGGUAAUUUUAAUUUAACUAAUUUAUUUAUCAAUCUUUGCUUAUUAACUAAGUUUAACAUACGACAAUAACGGAAAAUAUUUGUUGUUCUCGCUAAUACAUACAUACAAACAAACACACACAUACAUAGACACACAUACUUACACAUACACAUUUUUUUCUAACUCGCUUGCUAACCAAACACCUUGAUUUUUUUAAUUUUUAUCGGAAAAAAAUUCGAAAAAUUGUUAUUUUUAAUUAAAAGUUGCAAAAAUUGCGGUCUUUGAGUUUCACACACAUACACACACGUAAACGCACGCACACAAACACACGCACACACAAUUAAUAAUUGAACAAAUAAUUUAACUGAUGAAAGAAAGAAUGUACAAUUAAACUUCAAAAUGAAUGAACGAACGAAAGAUGAAUGACUGGUUGAAUGAGUGAACGUGUAGACUGAAUGAAUGAAUGAAGAAAUAAAUGAAGAAAUAAAUAUAUAUAUAUAUAUAUGUGUGUGUGUGUGUGUACAUAUAUAUAUAUAUAUAUAUAUAUAUAUAUAUAUAUAUAUAUAUAUAUAUAUAUACACACAAUUAAAUCAUUAUGUCUUUUGGUAAUAUUUAACAUUAACACCACACCAAUAAAUUACCUAAUUAAUUAGCUGAUUGAUUAAAUUGACCAAUUAAUUGAUUGACCAAUUAAUUUUCAAUAGUUAGUGUAAUUAGGGUUGGUGGCGAAUCCCCAGAGGGGCGGUGCGAAACGUUGCUGACUUUGAAAAUACUGCGUUAUCGCCAUCUCGGUCGGGAAGUUAGUGGCACCAGCAGCAGCGGCGUCAGACGACAACGGAUU